CUAGUCAAGGCGAGACGAAGCUCAAAAUGGCGGUGGGACGGGCGUGCAUGUGUUUGUGGCAUGGUCUCAGAUCCAAACUAGUACCGCCAGUUCUCAGUGGUCCAUCUUUGUUCAGGAGCUGGUCUUCGUGGUCGCCACCAACGCGGCAACCGCAACGAUGGUCCGCUCUUCGCAAGCGAUUGGACUCCGUCCCCGCGUUGCGUCGCGGCCUCGCCGACGCAGGUGCCGGCAGCGGGUCCAGCAGCGGUGCCAGCAGCGGUGCUUCAGGCCGGUCGGCUGACCAGUUUUCUCAGCGAGCGAUGAAAUACACCUUUGUAGCGUUCGGCGCGAUGUUCACCGGUGUCGGUGGUUUCCUGGUUGUCACUUGGGGUGCGCCUCCUUUGGAUGAACAAGGCAAGGAGAUCGAAGAUGAGUUCAGCCACAUGCCUCGCUGGAAAGCCCACCUGUACAGGACGUACAAAGAGCUUCAGCUUUACAACAAGAUGAUCCAGGAUCCAUCCCGUGAGAAACUCCUGCCGGACCCAUUGACCGAGCCAUACUACCAGCCUCCAUACACGCUAGUCCUAGAGAUGACUGGAGUGCUAGUGCACCCAGACUGGACAUACCAGACCGGCUGGCGUUUCAAGAAGAGGCCUGGGGUGAACCUUUUUCUUCAGCAGGUCGGACCACCACUGUUUGAAGUUGUCAUCUACACUUCAGAACAGGGAUUUACAGCAUACCCUAUCCUGGACAGCCUAGAUCCGCAGGGCUACAUCAUGUACAGGCUGUUCAGAGAUGCAACUCGAUACACAGGUGGACACCAUGUCAAGGACCUCUCUUGUCUGAACCGGGACCUCUCCCGUGUGAUUAUGGUUGACUGGAGUGCUGACGCCUGCUCCCUACAGCCUAGCAAUGCGCUGCGGCUACCAAAAUGGGACGGCAGUGAUGAUGAUCGCACGCUCAUAGACCUGGCUCAAUUUCUGCGCACUAUCGCUACAAGUGAGGUGGAGGAUGUGCGGACAGUGCUGGAGUACUACAGCCAGUUUGACAAUCCAUUGGAGGCAUUUAAGGAGAACCAACGGAAACUGCAGGCAUGUCUCUCAAAUGCACAAUAGCAAAAGAACAGGCUGGAGAAUUUCGCUCGAGAUGAAAUGGCAUUUCAUAGAAAAACUUGAUAGGAAUUCAUUGUACAUGACUUUCAGUCAGAUAAAGUCUGGAAAGACUUAAAUCCAGCUUUCUCUUCUUGCAAUUGCGUUCUCCAGUGCUCUGCUUCCUGAUUAAGGCUGCUAUUAAGUACUGCUCAUCGAGCUAAUAGCAAAGGACAAGCUGUCUUUAGAGUGAUCUUGUAGGCUCCUUGCUGCAUACAGGAAAAUGGCACAAGGCUCAUGUGUUUGUGAAAUCGUUAUCUAACAUUUAGGUGGGUUUUUAUUCACCAUGUUCAAAAAGCCAUGCGGGGACCUUUUAUUAGUUUUUUGUCGGUUGUACAUUCUGUGUUAAGUCCGCGUCAUUUUAGUUUUAAUCCUACAAUGAGAAAGUCUAAUAUACCAGUGUCACAUGGGCACUUUUGACUUUGCUUGAUGCAGAUGCAUUCAGUUUUGACCUGUGCAUUGCGACUGGGCUUCUCGAUUGUGAGCACUACGAUUUUUACUACAUAUAUUAGGCAAAUUUGUCAAGUUUUUUUUUACCCACUUUGUGAAACCUGGUCCGGAUAGUUGGACUGUGUAAUGGCUGAUCACUGUCGAUUGUGAUUAAUAUCGGUCACAUCGAUCGUGAUUAAGAUGAUGCAGCACCUUUGUGUUUCUAGUGUAAGUCUUUUUUUUUUUUUUUCUGUGACAUGUUGGAUGAGCUUGUGUACAAUCUGAUCCAGAUUUUCUUUAUGUAACGCAUGUGUUGACACCGGUCAAAUCUUGCAGGAGGAGAAGCAGCAGGUACCACUGGAGCCGAUUCCCAGCCAGCGAACGUGGGCCAUGGGGCUUUGGAAACGGCAUUGAUGAUGUGGAGAAUGCAGAAAGCAUUGGGCCUUAGAUUGUGCACUGCUCAAUGGACCCUUGGGCAGUAGUGGUCGGUGCUGCCACCUGUGUUAGCUGUGCCGAGUGAACGUCAGCAGUGACAGCGCACUCACCAUCUCGCUAGAAAACUAGAGUUUGACAGUGGGCGUGGCCAGAAUGCAGAAGCAUGCAUCAUCUGCUUUUCUGUGUGUGUAACUGUCACUGAAGACAAGACUGAGUGGGCGCUCAAAACAGUAUUGCCUGGUUUUUCGUUCUAUUCUUUUUUGUGUCUGUGCAAGACUUUCAGUGCCACUGCGCCAUCUGCAUCUAAAUGAAUUACCGAAUGAGCAUACAGGUGCACGACUGCACCUGAAACACCACAAAAAAAAAAUUCUUCAUUGUGAGGAAAUGGUUUAGGCCAAAAUUUAUGAAAUCCAAUGCAACUGGCCGGAAAGGUUUUGUUUUAAAUGAUAAACAUCACUUCGUGCUAUACAUUGUCAGUCACACAAGUGAGUAAUGUUGAAUUCUACAUAACUUGUGUAGAAUAUGACAGUACAUCUGAUCAAGUGAGCGCUGAAAGCAUGUGCUGAAUAUAGCCACUUGGUGUCGUAGGAGGUGCCGUGGUUACACAAGACAUUUACUAAUUUAGACUUCACAUGCAUCGCUCACAAAGGGUGCGUGUUUACCACUUUUGGGGCUCAUUUCACUAAUGUGGGCUCAUCCAAAACUUAUGCAUUGUUCAGGAUGAGGCCACCAGAAAGGGAAGUGCUUUCUUUCUGUGUCCCUGGCCUGUGUUCAGCACAACUAUUAGAAUCUGCAGUACUGACAAGCCAAUACUCUACAUUGACUAAAUUUUUUUUCGUCCUGGAUUGAACCGAAGAGAGUCUCCACACUUGCACAGAUGUCAUGGGCGUCAGCAUCUGGAUUUAAUUUAGAGGAGUCGACGAUUUUCACGCAAGUCUAGCUUGAUCGCGAUGUAGAAAUGUCUGUAUUUCUGUGUAAAUAAAGUGAAUGAAGUUAAUACAGAA